AUGGCAAGCAUAGACGGGUCGGAAUCUAAAUUUUUGGCAUCGAGUAUCAACAGGUUUGUCAAUUGGUUCAUGCUGCUUGAUGAUGUUUUCAAAGGGAUGGUCUUUUCCAUCGGGGUGCUAGUAGUCGUACUUACUACAGCCCUGAUUCUAAUUAAAGUUGCGUUGAUGGGAGCAGAUGAGGAAACUGGAACUUCUGAACGCAAAGAAAGGAUAAUUAAGGCCAGAAAAGCAGCCGCCGAGGCGGAGGCGAAAGGUCGACCACCUUCAACUGCUAAGAGCACGUCGGUUGCAACAACGAGCGAAGAACCCCAGGAUGAGCAUGAGCAUUUACUCUCAAGGACGAUCAUCCCUAUCAAAUCGAACGACGAGUACGAAGAAGAGUUCGAGAUCUCGGUGAUGGAAGAAGACGACGAUGAGGAGUAG